UUCGAGAAUCUUUCUUUUACCACCAAUACCUCGCUUUUCGCCUCGGCUCCUGUCGCACCCACCGAUCACCAUUAUAAAAGGACCGCCUUUCACGAGCUUCUCUGAGCUAUCAAGUGAACUGGGUCGAGGCCAGAAGUCGCCAUUUCGGUUCAGAAAAGCUCAAGCUUGGUUCUUUUCUUGGGUGGAGUUCGUCGUCGUUCAAGAGUUGCUGUUCUUCUCGACGCUGUGCAGAAUGGCCGCAACGAGAUCGAGGCUGUGGUUAUGUUUUCUGCUGUUUUUUGUGGCAUUGCUUGAAGCGCGAGGAGUCCCUGUAGGAAUUACUUACGUUCGAAACGCGGUAGCCAGAGGAGCUGUUUGCUUGGACGGCAGUCCUCCGGCUUAUCAUUUCGAUAAGGGGUUCGGCACCGGCAUCCACAAUUGGUUGGUCCACAUCGAGUCUCAGUCUGUUCCUUUCAUUGUGAUAUUCCAUCUUCUUUUGCUUACCCCUUUUCGUUCAUUAAAGGGUGGAGGAUGGUGUAACAAUAUCACGACCUGUCUCGCCCGCAAGAAUACCCGCCUAGGUUCAUCCAAGCAGAUGGCCAAGGAAAUAGCUUUCUCUGGGAUACUCAGCAACAAACGAAGAUUCAAUCCUGACUUCUAUAACUGGAAUAGAAUUAAAAUCCGGUACUGUGACGGGGCAUCAUUUACUGGAGAUAUUGAAGCUGUAAACCCGGCAACAAACCUGCAUUUCAGAGGAGCAAGGGUUUGGCUAGCUGUGAUGGAGGAUCUGCUAUCUAAAGGAAUGAAAAACGCGCAAAAUGCUAUUCUUUCUGGCUGUUCAGCUGGUGGAUUGACUACCAUAGUACACUGCGACGGCUUCAGAGCUCUCCUACCGAUGGGAGCUAAAGUGAAGUGCCUCUCGGACGCUGGUUAUUUCAUAAACGCGAAGGAUGUUUCCGGGGCGUAUCACAUUGAAUCCUUCUACAAUCAAGUUGUUGCAACUCAUGGAUCGGCCAAGCAUUUGCCACGAUCCUGCACUUCGAUAUUUAGACCGGGAUUGUGCCUUUUCCCUCAGUACGUGGCUCGACAAGUGCAGACACCGCUGUUCAUUCUCAAUGCGGCCUAUGAUUCCUGGCAGAUUAAGAAUAUUUUGGCACCCGGAGUGGCUGACCCGCACGGGACCUGGUACGGCUGCAAGCUCGACAUCAACAACUGCUCUCCUAAUCAACUCAAAGUCAUGCAAGAUUUCAGGUUGGAGUUCAUGUAUGCAUUGGCCAGACUGGGCAGCUCCUCAUCAAGAGGAGUGUUCGUAGACUCGUGCUAUGCGCACUGCCAAUCUGAGACGCAAGAGACAUGGUUGUGGGGCGACUCUCCCGAACUGGCGAAGACGUCUAUAGCAAGGGCAGUUGGAGACUGGUUCUUUGACAGGAAACCCUUCCAGAAGAUCGAUUGCCCAUAUCCUUGCAAUCCCACCUGCCACAACCGGGUCUUUGAUCCCCAAGAACGCCCAAAUUUAUAGUCUCAUCAGCUAAUUAACAUGCAUCGGUUAUUCUUUUAAAGAUCCAUACUCAUUGAUAUUAGUUUUAAGAGAGAGGGAGAGAGAGAGAGAGAGAGAGAGAGAGAGAAUAUGUUAAGUCAUAAAAUAAACAGGGGUCGCCCAUGGCAACAAAAAUUGGUGCUGGGCAUGUUCCAUAUCAUUAUUUUGUAUGUAAGCAAUUGUACCUACAUGCAACUAUGUGUAUUCGGACGGCCUUGAAUGAAGAAUUAGAAAAGAAUGAA